CCCAAUGAGUGACUUUGUCCUUUUCAACAAAGUAUUGUGAAAUGUCCCAAAUAAAACUGAAUUUUUGUUUUUAGAUAUUCAUUCACGCCAACAUAUGCCUUCUAAACCCUGCAGUGUGUAAUAUGGCCAUAUAUUUGAUCACAGUAUUCUUGAUUUUGAGUAAUAUUUUGGGAGAACACUUUUGGACAGGUGAGUAAAGACAGAUUUAAAUAUGAUUACUUUGAAGACAAUUUACUACAACAACAAAAUUAGAGUAAACCUUCGUACUCAUCAAACUAUCAUGAUUCAGUGGUUUUUGAAACUAACACAUUGUUAUUAAAUUUUUCAUAGAUGCCUCUCCUACGGAUGGGAAAUAUUCUCUUUCAGGUACGAAAUGCUUAAAUACAUAUAUGUGUAUUAUGAGUAGCAUAUACUAUGUGUUAUGCCUGUAAGAGUCACAUCACAGUUUAGUAAAUAUGUAAUGGCUUUGCCGUUUCUGUAAUUUCACAUGGAGUAAUUUAGCUCAGUUGAAAUUUGUUUUUCUUUUUGCCAUAACAACUGAGUUACACCAGUUAUUAAAUAGCAUUUUGAGUCACAGCAAAAUGCACCCCUCCCACCCAUCAAACAAUAUUCAAUGCUAGGCUCGAAUAAAUGGACAUAUAAGCAUGUAUUCCUGUAAGCAUGUAGUCAUGUUUUCACCAGUCAUUUUGCCACCAGUCAAUGACAAAAUUAGGAUUAGUAUUUGUUUCUUGUGCUAUUCAAAGAAGACUCAAUAUUCCGUUAACUUUCUUAUAUUGGAAUAUAUAUUAACCAUUUAAAAAAAAAUUAUUAUUAUUAUUAUUUAUUUUUGUUGUGCACGUAGUAACAAAACAUCUUACUAUGCCACAACAGCAUACGAUAUGCAACCAUUUUUAAACAAGGAAGAGUGCAAUCAGGGAAAGAGAGAAGAAAUUAAGUAAAGGAUGUUGUGGGAAAAAAUAUGGUUAAAUGAUACUCAGGGUUAUUCACUAAAAUGAGAAUACAAAGUGAAUUUAAAAUUUAAGGCCAAAAUAGCUGAAGUGAAAAAAAAUAUCCAAGUCUACUAUUCUUCAAGUUUGCCUACUUUGGUCUACUCUAGUGAAUAACUUUGAACUUUGGCAAGGGGAUGCAACCAGUUCCUCAUUUAAAUCUUGAGCUCUGAGCUGCCCACCUGUCAUUUCAUUGAAGGAAUCCUAUCACUGCCAAAUUUUGGUCUGGGACAUUGUGUUAUGUUACUGUAAGGAAGAAACACGAGAAUGCUGUACAACUACCACGACAAGUAAUGGUCCAAGGCAUGCAGCGUUAUAUUCCUGUGUGUAAAACUGUGUAUCAUCAUACCAACAGCCAACAAUGAUAGGGUUUCUGUUUUGCAACUAUUUACUCUGUAUAAAAUUUGUUUUUGCAUGUGCAGAGGAGCAUUUUUUAAAUGUAUGUUUGUAAAAAUUAAAUUAAUAUCUUUCAUUCUGCUAUUGUUUUGGUUAUACAUUUUAAGAAAGUCCAGCAAAGUGAAUUCUAUAUUAAACAUGUAAUUGAUCAAGGUGCCCUUGGAUAUUUUUCAAAAAUACUGCUUCCCCACUUUCUUCACUAUCAUGGUGAUUCAAGAUGAGGAUUGUCAGAAAUUCAACGUGAAUUUCAAAGUGAAUUUCAAAAUUAAGAACAAAAUAGCUGAACUGAAAAUGUAAAUAAACAUUAAUGAGUGCAAAUCUUAUCAACGCUGAUCCAGUCACUGUAGACUCCCUUCACCCUAACCUCUCUUCCUGUCUUUCUUGGUUACUAAUUAAUUUGUAAUUAUCAUGGUUAUUUAAUUCUCUAUUAUUGAAAAAUAUGUCAGAUUGUAUGGUACGUUCCUUUCAUAUUUAUAUUUUAUUGAGCAAUAUUGGAAUUGGAAUACAGGAAUAAUCAUUCCAGGAAUUGCACAUCAAUAUAAAUAAACAGCAACUGUUCAAUAAUUUUAUAAUUGUAAUUACAAAACAAAAUGUGAACAAAGAGAAAUACAACAACGUAUUCAAUGAAAAAAAUAAAAAUAAUCAGUACUGAUUAAGACACUGCCAGUGAAACAAAUGAGAUGAGGGGUGAAUUUAUAAUGACACUGAAAAGGGGGAUAUGUGUUGGGCAUGAAAGAAGUUAACCAAGGCUACGGACAGUUAUCUCAUGAGUGCUUCUAGAAAGGGUUUCAUUUAAUAUAAUCAAGUAGUAGAAUAUUGUUUUUCCAAUAUUGAUGAUUUUUUUAGGUUGAGGAAUUAUUUAUUCUGCAAUGCCUUCAAAAAAAUUCAUGUUAAGUGUAAAAGCAAGUUUAUCCUAAAACAGGGACAUUGACGAUAUAGUUGGCCAGUGAUGUAGGAUUAUUUUAUUAUCAGCAGUUUGUUUAUUACAUUUGGCGUAGGACAGGAAUAUGUCAAAAAGUGCAAAUCCAGGUGGAGAAGGCCAAUCAUAGAAUAUGAACGUUUUGGAUAUGAUGGCAUGCCCUAUACAGUGUAAUAUGUCUGCUAAGGACUGUUGGCACUUAAAACUUGAAUUUGGGGACAUUAACCCAUUAAAAUAGAUUAUAAAUUAUACAAUAAGCUUAAUGUAGAACCUUUGAAGAUAUCUCCUGAUUGAUGCUGGUGUGAAUGCUUUAUUAUCCUACAAAUUUAGAAAAAAUAUCGUGGAAAAAAAGCUUUUCAUGAAUAAGGUUUAUAUUGGUUUAUUUUUCCCACAUCCUCCUUUAUUAAACUAUUUUUGCACUGGUUUAUAAACGUCUCUAUUAAAACUAAACCACAUUUUUUCAGCACCCAAUAUAGCUAUUAGUGGAACAUCUACGCAGUCCAGUACCUAUGCGUAUUAUGGGAAUGCUCGUAAUGCCAAUGAUGGAUCAUUAGAAAAUAAUUACCUAAGAUCACAGUGCUCAUACACAGAGAAGGAAUUGAACCCUUGGUGGAUGGUGAAUCUGAAAAACAGGUACCAGAUCUUCUCAGUGGCUGUUACCAAUCGAGUACUAGAAUGUUGCAAAGAAAGACUGUACGGAGCAGAAAUUCGAAUUGGGAAUAACCCGAACAAUGGAGGCACAUUAAACCCCAGGUAUUCUUUAUUCCAAGCAUGAAAACAAACAUAUAAUACUAAUAGAACCAAUCAAUACAUAUUCUAUCAACCACUUCAUGAAUGUGCUAUUUCCAUUAAAACAAAAAACUAAUAAGCAGAACAUCUAUUUGAAAUCAAGGCUGCAUAGCUAGUUUUUGUUAUAAUACAGAUCUGUUAAAAAUCACCAAAAAAAAGAAUGCACUAUAAUUGGAGAAGAAAAUAGUUUAAUAUCGAAGAAUGUUGACAUUAGCAUGAUAUUGUUAUUUAUUAUUAUGACUUUAUUUUGUUGUCAGUCUUUAUCAUUCUGAAUACAACCAUGACUAAUACAAUCUAAAAUUUUUGUCAUCAGUGUAUCAAUAUUCAGUUGUGUAUAUGUCAGCAAUAGUGCCAUGGCAUCUCAGAGUUUUAAUACCUCAACAAAGUCUUGCUUAUCUGUGCCAUCAGGUACUACCUGUACUGAAGAGGUAUAGCAGAGUAUCACCCGUAGUGUCCCCAAAGUCUGGUCUUUGUGGUGGUGAUGAAUCUGGUAAUGAUGAUGUCACUCUUUCCACCACCAUUGCAUGAUUUUCUUCUAAUGCUGCUUCUUCUCCACCUGGGCUAAGCCAUCUUUAUCUACUUUUGAUUCACCUCAUCCAAUGGACACAGUUCUAACAUUCAGAUCAAACUGCAGAAACAGAUGUUAAAAAGGUUAAACUUGAUGAACGCAAGUCAUUUUUCAGCCUAUGUAUGUUUGCUACCAGGGCCACACAUAGCUCACUCUCUGUCAUAAUUCUCACUACUAUUCACCACCACCACCAGUAACACUACAAGCACAACAGCCACCACCACGAGCACCAUCAGCUUUUCCAUUAGCAAUACAUUACUCAACCGCAUGGUAGUGUAAAGGCUCAGGCUAUUGAAAAAGAAAUAUAUUUUUUUUAAAAAAGUUUGUGUUGCCUAGCUACUGCCAGUGUCACUUACAUCAACUAUGAUACAUAGUUACAUAGCUGAAAAGAGACUUGCGUCCAUCAAGUUCAGCCUUCCUCACAUAUGUUUUUGCUGUUGAUCCAAAAGAAGGCAAAAAAUCCAGUCUCAAGCGCUUCCAAUUUUGCAACAAACUAGGGAAAAAAUUCCUUCUUCCCCCCAAAAUAGCAGUCAGAUGUCUCCUUGGAUCAAGCAGCUAUUAUCCCACUAAUUAGAAAUUAUUUUUCUUUAUUUCUGUUUGCAGUAUGCUUCAGUGCCAAUGUUUCUGCUAUUCAGAUUUUCAAAUGAUUGUGUAAAUUUGCAAAGCACAAACAUUGGCAAACAUUGGCACAGUCAGGGUACACUUGUGCACAAGGUAACCCUGUCUGCACUAAUUGUGUCAGGUUUUUUUGUGUGUACUAAUUGUUGCAAAAUAGUAUUCUAAGAUAUGGCAAGGGUGGAUGUUGUAAUGUUUUAAAAUUAAUUGUAGUGGUUUUGCUCUGUCCUGGCUUGCAGUGUAACUACACCUGCUACCUCCCCAGACACAGUUGUGAGAAUCUGUUUUUUUCCACACUGAAGUCUGGUCACUUCUUUUUAUCAGAAAAAAAUGAGUGGACAUAUGGGUGAUUGAUGUCCCACUCACCCCUUCUACCCUUAGAACUAAAAUGUCCCACACAUCUACUCUGUAGCAUCAGUGACCAUCCUUUAAUGUGUAAAAACAGUGCCCUCCCAUCAACUUCUCCCAACUGCAUCUGCGAAGGUAGCAGACACCACAAGAUGCAGGCAGGCAGGGCAUCACCACUGCUAUGAAAGGCAUUUUAAAAAAUAAUUUACUGUUAAACUGGGGAUUUUUCAAUCAAACUAAAGGAAUCAUAAAAUGGGCAGUUGAUGGCCCACUCAGUUCCACUAUUUAAUUUUUUGAAAAAUUCCCUUCAUUUAACUUACAAAGGGAAAAACAGUCCAUCAUCUUUCACUUAUGUGACAAACUCCCCUCUCCAAGUGAGUUUGCCAUGAGCUCCUGGAGGAGCCUGCUUGCCAGCCUCCUGCCCACAGACUAUGGUCCCUGCAGGGAAACCUGUAAAAUACUACCAAACUUACCCGACUGUUAGCACUGAUUCCCUGGAACUGUUUUGGGCAUAGGAUCAUGUGCACGGUCGGUCAAAACUAUGACUUCCAGGAAAUUCCUGAACCCCUGAACUGAUCUGGGUGAUUUUUGGAUAUGUUGGUCACCCAGAUCAGGGCUAUCAAGGGAUCAUUUGUGGGGAUAUCAUGUGUUUUGGGGUACUUUUGGGACUUUUUAGAAAUGUAUGUUUUUUUUCUAUGCUUGGAGAUAAUUGGAUUGGAAUUAGUACAGUUACUGAUCCAAUUAUCUCCCAAGCAGGGGGGAGGGAUUGUGUGUCAUGUGUGUGAGUGCCUUACAUUGUAAAUGUGUUAUUAUUGGUUUGUAAGUUUGUGCCCCUGUCCCCAAUAAGGUCCAUGCUUGGGGACUUGAAUAAAAGGUCAAGUGUGGCACCAUUAAAAUCUAUUCCAGCUUACACUCCAAAACUUUGUGUCGUCCUCUUAUUGGAGGGAAAGAACAUUUACUCCUGUAUCUGCUGUUCCAGCUUGCAGGGGAUUCAACGGGGAAAGUCCUUGUAAGGACUAGAACUCCCAGGACUGAGUAUCGUCCAGUGCCUGGGGUGUCUAGAGCGAAUUCCCCAUUCGGCUCCAGGAAGAAGCGGCUCCAGGGCCCCAGUCAAGCCACUGCGACUGUGGGCAGAAGUGCUGCAGUUGGUCCUCUGUUCCAGCUAGGAAGCGGUCUUUGGCUAUAUAUAAUAAAGUAACUAUGACAAGUUGACAACUCAUAUUUGUCAUAUCACAAUGGCUCAUAUUGUAUAUGCCAUUUUUGCAGCACACUAAUAGGCACCUUUUUCCCCCACUUUUUUGGCUUGUUUGAAUAAUUCCCAAAUAUUUUUCCAUGAACUGAGUUUGGAGAAGCUAAAAUGGCAAAUGGACAAGCAUCGUACAUUUCGAAAAAAGUUGCAUUUUCAGGAAAUGAUUUGGCCUCACCAAAUAAUCCCAUUGUGCACAAGUCCAGUUACCAUAAAUAAACUAUAUCUCAUAUAUUCAAAUGUUGUCUCCAAUCUGUCUUCUUUUUACUCUUUAUGAAGUAUUCUACCUUUAAUUGUCAUUGUUAUGCCUCCCUUAUCCUAAUUAGGCAUUUCCCAACUUCCAUCCAUUCCAAUUUCAUUCCAAUUUAUCCAAACUCUGUGCAUUUCCAUUGUCAUUCUAUUCUUCCAACCUUCUAUUUUUACUGUAUGGUGACUUAUUUUAAUCUUUUUUAGAUGUGGUACAAUCCCAAAAAUUGAAUCUGGACAAACAAUUUCCUUUUCGUGUGAAGGAAUGAUUGGAAAAUAUGUUACUGUUACAAUACCUGGACGGGCAGAGCAUCUUAUCCUCUGCGAAGUGCAAGUAUAUGGUUUACCUGCCAGUAAUACAGGUAGGAGAUAGAAUGGGAUAAAGAAAGGAUAAGACCAAAAUUAAUUAACGUAUCUCAAAGGUUAAACUGCUGCAUUCUUUGUGUAUUUAUAGAUAUUGAACAGGAAGAAGGUGAACCCUUCAAGACUCCAAACGGAGGUAGUAAAAGGAAGCCACAAGUUAUAUUGAAUAAUUAACCCAUUCAUUAAUAUUACCUCGAUUUAAUAAAUACAUUUCACUAUGAUUUAAUAUUAAAAAAUAUAUAUUUUAUUUUUGUAAUAUUUUCAAAUGUUUUUGUAUAUAGUAAUACUCUGUUAUAUAUGAUAUAUUUUUUCAUAUUUUAAUGUUUUGAUAAAUGUAAACGUUUAUCCAAAAACAUAAAAUCAUUUGAAAAGCUUAUCCAACAAUAUAAAAGCAGGCCAAUAUUGGAUAAGAAUAAUUGUUAAUGAUGACUUGUUUUGCCAUGACCUCAGUCUUUCUCUCCUUUUUUUUACUUCUUUAUAAUUUUAAAUGUAAAUCUUAGCAUAAUCUCAAAAAUAGGAAUAGGCUAGAAAAAGCACACAAACUGCUUAUAAAUACUGUGGAUGACCUCCCAUACGAAAACUGGGAGCAUGAUCUCACGAUAAUAGCUAGAUUACUUUGUCAAAAUGCAUCUAGCCAAUUUUUAGUAGAGCAUGCUGGGAGAUGUAGUUCUCCAAGGAAAACUUAUGUCUUCCUAUAAAGUAGUGAUGCUUUAUAUAAACACGAAUAAGAUUACAGAGUAUUAUACACCUCGGCUGAAAUGUGUCAAAAAGUAUAUAAACCAUAUCUUUAUUGAUCUAUCUAUAGCUCCAAAUGUGGCAGUGAAUGGUGUUUCCACGCAGUCCAGUAUUUAUAACAUGUAUGGAGAGUCGAAGAAUGCCAUUGAUGGGUCUCUAUCCAGUAAUUACCUCUUUAUCCAAUGCGCCGGUACUUCCGAGCAAGAUAAUCCUUGGUGGAUGGUUGAUCUUAAGGCAACACACAAAGUUUUUACUGUAACUGUUACCAACAGAGGUGACUGCUGUGCAGAAAGGAUUAAUGGAGCCCAAAUAAGAAUUGGAAACUCAGCAGAAAAUGGAGGCACUAAUAACCCCAUGUAAAUACUUUGUUACAAGCCAAAAUUUUUCCUUUAUAACGGGAAGUGGUGAGUCUAUGUGGGCGUGUGACUGGGAACAGUUGUCUGAGAGAAUUAACAUGUGUAUGCAAGAAUUCUUGAGCAGUUUCAUAAGUCAAUUGGAGACAAUAUAAAAACUAACUGACCUUCUGAUAAAAGGUUUGCUUUUUAAAAUCAGUAUAUGUUUUUUUUAGAUGUGGAAUUAUCCCGAAGAUGAAUAAUGGGGAGACCCUUGCAUUUGAAUGUGAUGGCAUGUUAGGACAAUAUGUGACUGUCAAUAUCCCAGGAAGGAACAAGUCUUUGACCAUCUGCGAAGUUCAAGUGUUUGGACUUCUAAAUGAGGAUGCUGGUAAGGGAAAAGAUGAAGGGAUUUUUUUUUUUUUAUAUAUAUAUAUAUAUAUAUAUAUAUAUAUGUUUAUUUUCACAUAAUUUUCAUUCAUAUAACAUACAUUAAAAAUAGAUUUGCUAUAUUACAAUGAAUUAUUUUAAUACAUAUCAUAUCCAUAGCUAUAAAUUUGUUUGUUUAUACAAUAGAAAUGUUCAAAUCACAAAGACAGACACAUUAAACCCUUUCAUACCCAUACAAAAGAAAAGAUGAAACUGCUAAGUUUCCUAACAACGAGAGGAUGGUAUGGGGGAAUUAAGCUUUUGUUCUUAAAUAUCUAACCCAAGGGGCCCAAAUUUCAUCAUAUUUCUCUUUGGAUACUCUAUCCAAUGCUAUGCCUGCUUCCAUCCUGUAUUGGAAAUCCACUUGUGUACAUAUGUCGUGCCAAUUCAAAGGACCUAUGUUUCUCCAGUUACUGGCCAUAACUAUUUUACUUGCCAUAAAGAUAUGAAUCAUAAGAAUUUUAAUUUUGAUAUUAAUCCUUGGCAAAUCUAAAUGGAACAAAAACAUUUGGGCAGUUAUAUCAAUUCGUGCCUUAAGAAUAAAAUUUACAAGCCCAGAUGGAAUUAAUUUCAUAGGGUUCAGCUCCUCGCAAUCCCACCAUAUGUGGGGAAAAUGAGCCUAAUGCCCUACCACAUCUCCAACAAUCUGGUAGGAGUGUAGGUUGAAAUUUGUGUAGACGAGUGGGCACCAAGUACCAUCUGUAAACAAGUUUAAAAUAAACUUUCCGUAUGUUACCCCAUGUAUAUGCCUUUUUACUAAGUGUAGACCCGAUAACCACUCUUCAAGCAUAAAAGAAAUUUGAAAUUCUUGCUCCCAUUUAAUCCAUGCUGAUGCUUUAUCUAUUUGCUUUUGUUUUUUUAUAAAGUGAUUCAAUCUAGAAGCAAUUUUUUUCCUAUAAUGGAAUGCUAUAAAUUGAUCGAUUGGGGUAUUUUCCAAAAAUUAUUUACUUAAAAUUAAGGAUUUAACUCUUAAAUAGUUAAAUACUUCUUUAGAAGGAAGAUUAUAUUUAAGCUGUAACAUUGGAAAUGCUAGAAUUUGGUUUCCCUCUAAUAACUCCUCAAAUUUUACAAUUCCACACUUUUCCCAUUCUUGAAUAUUUAUAUGUUUUAUGUAGAAUUUUAAGCAUGCUAGUGGGGCAUUUUUUGAUAUAUAUUUGGUACCAUAUUUUUUCUUUAGAUAUUUUACUAUAUAGAUCAUUGUGUUAUUUAUCGGAUUGUUUGGUUUUAGACUUUUUACAAAUUUACUAUCACACCAUAAAAGAAAUAGAGGUUUGAGAUUGUCAAUGUCAGCUUUUUCAAUAUCUAUCCAAGUUGGUCUUGAGGUUGUAAAAUUAUCAUACAUAAUUAGAUGUACUAUCAUGUUAAUCAUAUAUAAUUUUUGAACAUCCGGAAAGGAAACUCCCCCCUCCCUCCAAUCUCUCUGUAGGAUUUCCAAUGACACUCUGGGUCGCCUAUCCUGCCAAAUAUAGUCUGAAAUCUGUUUUUGAAGACCACGUAUUGUCUGGGAGUCCACCAUCAGCGGGAGAUUCCUGAAUACAAAUGUCAGUUUGGGAAGUAAAUAGGAAUUAACUGCCUCAAUUCUUCCCAUCCAUGAAAGUUCUACGCCCCUCCAGGUUUUAAGAGUACUCCUAAAUUGGGUAGCUAUUUCUAAAUAAUUGAGUACUCCGAUUUCCCUAUAUUCCAAAGAUAGCAUUACUUCUAGAUAUUUUAUAUUCCUAGCCUCCCAAUCACACUUAAAUUCCUCUUUAAGCAUUUUUUCCCCAGGCCCAUUUACAUGGAGUGCAGAAUUAUUAGGCAAAUGAGUAUUUUGACCACAUCAUCCUCUUUAUGCAUGUUGUCUUACUCCAAGCUGUAUAGGCUCGAAAGCCUACUACCAAUUAAGCAUAUUAGGUGAUGUGCAUCUCUGCAAUGAGAAGGGGUGUGGUCUAAUGACAUCAACACCCUAUAUCAGGUGUGCAUAAUUAUUAGGCAACUUCCUUUCCUUUGGCAAAAUGGGUCAAAAGAAGGACUUGACAGGCUCAGAAAAGUCAAAAAUAGUGAGAUAUCUUGCAGAGGGAUGCAGCACUCUUAAAAUUGCAAAGCUUCUGAAGCGUGAUCAUCGAACAAUCAAGCGUUUCAUUCAAAAUAGUCAACAGGGUCGCAAGAAGCGUGUGGAAAAACCAAGGCGCAAAAUAACUGCCCAUGAACUGAGAAAAGUCAAGCGUGCAGCUGCCACGAUGCCACUUGCCACCAGUUUGGCCAUAUUUCAGAGCUGCAACAUCACUGGAGUGCCCAAAAGCACAAGGUGUGCAAUACUCAGAGACAUGGCCAAGGUAAGAAAGGCUGAAAGACGACCACCACUGAACAAGACACACAAGCUGAAACGUCAAGACUGGGCCAAGAAAUAUCUCAAGACUGAUUUUUCUAAGGUUUUAUGGACUGAUGAAAUGAGAGUGAGUCUUGAUGGGCCAGAUGGAUGGGCCCGUGGCUGGAUUGGUAAAGGACAGAGAGCUCCAGUCCGACUCAGACGCCAGCAAGGUGGAGGUGGAGUACUGGUUUGGGCUGGUAUCAUCAAAGAUGAGCUUGUGGGGCCUUUUCGGGUUGAGGAUGGAGUCAAGCUCAACUCCCAGUCCUACUGCCAGUUCCUGGAAGACACCUUCUUCAAGCAGUGGUACAGGAAGAAGUCUGCAUCCUUCAAGAAAAACAUGAUUUUCAUGCAGGACAAUGCUCCAUCACACGCGUCCAAGUACUCCACAGCGUGGCUGGCAAGAAAGGGUAUAAAAGAAGGAAAUCUAAUGACAUGGCCUCCUUGUUCACCUGAUCUGAACCCCAUUGAGAACCUGUGGUCCAUCAUCAAAUGUGAGAUUUACAAGGAGGGAAAACAGUACACCUCUCUGAACAGUGUCUGGGAGGCUGUGGUUGCUGCUGCACGCAAUGUUGAUGGUGAACAGAUCAAAACACUGACAGAAUCCAUGGAUGGCAGGCUUUUGAGUGUCCUUGCAAAGAAAGGUGGCUAUAUUGGUCACUGAUUUGUUUUUGUUUUGUUUUUGAAUGUCAGAAAUGUAUAUUUGUGAAUGUUGAGAUGUUAUAUUGGUUUCACUGGUAAUAAUAAAUAAUUGAAAUGGGUAUAUAUUUGUUUUUUGUUAAGUUGCCUAAUAAUUAUGCACAGUAAUAGUCACCUGCACACACAGAUAUCCCCCUAACAUAGCUAAAACUAAAAACAAACUAAAAACUACUUCCAAAAAUAUUCAGCUUUGAUAUUAAUGAGUUUUUUGGGUUCAUUGAGAACAUGGUUGUUGUUCAAUAAUAAAAUUAAUCCUCAAAAAUACAACUUGCCUAAUAAUUCUGCACUCCCUGUAGAUGGAUUUUUAAAGGAAUGUACAAUGGUCCUAUAUUUCCUAUAAAAAAUCGAUGAAAACCAUCUGGACCUGGGGCUUUGCCCACUUUUAAAGCACUAAUAGUAUUACUAAUCUCCUGUAUAGAAAAAGGACUACUUAGCUGAGUUAAUUUCUCAUUUGAUAUUUUUGGCAAAUUUAAUUUAUCCAGAAAAAAUAUUUGCUACCCCUCUUUUCUUAUUUUUUCCAAUUAAGUUAGAGCUAUGUAUCACUGGAAAUUUUUUAUAAUUCCAUAGCUUAGAUGUAGAGUUUAUCCAAUGUGUUUCCUGUACGAAACCAAUAUCAGUUUUACUAUCAAUUAAUAAUUUGUAUAAGUAACCCCUUUUCUCUCCUGAGUGUAAACCCCUUGCGUUGAUAGAUAGUAUAUUAAGUGACAUCUUGCCACUGUUCCCCCCGCCCCUUCCUCCCCUCUAACCACCUCUCAUUUAGCAACCGACACAUACAUUCACUCUUGCUGUUUUCAUUCGGCCAUUUGAUUUCUAGAUGAAGGGAUUUUGACAUCUAUUUUUUUAUUCUACACUCUAUUUCUGAAUGUGUAUGGCCAUGUACUAAACUUUCUUAACUGAAGUAGAAUAUUUUUCAUAGUGGUAUAUACAUAAGCACUGGCCGUUUUUCAUGUCCUUAUUUUUUAUGGCACUGAGAAAGUCCAUUGUAUAUGGAUACUGGAAACCACAAGCAAAAAUGAUGCUAUACCAGAAGAUGUCAAAAGGUUAAAGCAUUCCACUGCAAUCAAAAUCUCUUCUUAAAGGGUUACUAUAAGCCUUUUGGUGUAAGAUGCCCUAUUGGAAAUUGUUGAGAAGGUAGCCCUCUCAAUUCACUAUAAAACCUAGAAAUAAAAGGUUUUACUUACUUUUACUGAAAUUCAGCACCAGGCCUAGUUCCCAGCGCUGCUUUUAAUGCGCCCCAUCCUGAUGUCAAUGGGGCAACGUGCAGACUAAUCACAGGCUUCUCAUAGAGAAGCCUUUCACUGGACCAAGUCGCUGGCUCAGAGUGCAUGCAUGUGUGCCAGGGGAGGGAAGCAGAGGGGGGAAGGGAGGCAGAGGGAGGGAGCGGGGAGGGGUUUCUUUAAAAAAAUAAAACAUAUAAGUGAUGGAGGGAGGCGAAAGGGAGCGUGGAGGGAACUUACAGAUGAAGUCAGGGUGGGAGCAAACCUUGCAGGCGUUCAGUCCGUGCUGACAUCAGACAUAAUUUAGGCACAGAAUUGACACACAAUUACUAAUAUCUCUGAAUGUGCAGUGUUUCAAGUAGACCACUUCAAAUCACUGAAGUGGUUAUGGUAGUUGGAGUAAUCCUCUAACACGAAGAGGCAUGAAGAUGUGGCUACAACUUUAGUUAAUAUAUGAAUUCAGGGAGUUAUUGGUAUUUAAUAUCAGGUAUUCAGAUUUGUAGUUAAUGACAAUAUCUUCUUCUUUUAGAAAUAGAACAACAACAAGAAGAUGAAACUAUGAUAUUUGAAGGUAAGUAAACUAUGAUCAAAUUGAGUUGAUGGGCAUUUUUAUCUUUGAAGAGGGAGUUUGGUAAUUGAAAGUUAAGAUAUGUGGAUUUAACUACUAACUUGGGAAUAAAACGAUAAAAGAAGGGCUUGCCAUAUUUAUGCAUUAUCAGGGGAGGACUUGCAACAUUUUGCCUGUGGUGCAAGUACAAACAGAUGGCAUUUUCCUGUACUUAGAACUCACAAAUCUUAAAUGGCCCUACACACUCACCACAUGCAUACUGAACUCCUGAAUUUUCUCUCUUACUCAUUAAACCAUUGAUUUCAGGAAGGGGAUGAGGUAACUGCACCAACGGAUCUUCUUGAAAACAAAAUAUUCAGAUUCGUAAUAAUAGAAAAUUAAGUCAGUCGUCAUCGAAUUUACUUUACCUGCAAUAUAGAAUUAGGUUUACUGUUCCUUUAACAAAACACACAUUGUAUUCCGUAUGCACUGUUGAUUUAUAUGAUAUACAUGAUACUGGGCUGCACUGUUUGAUGCUUAUCUAAGACCUGUUUAGAAUAACAUUCUUUUUCUUUUUAAUCACAUAUAGAUCACAUCCCAGGUAAGUUAUAUAUUUAAUAUUAAUUUCCAAUUAUAUUAAUUUCAUUGUUUAAAAUGUUUAAAGGACAGACUAAACGCCAAAAACACUUAAUCUUAAUGAAGUGAUUUUGGGGCAUAGAUACUACCGCUAAAACCUUAAAAAAAAACCCCUGCAAUUUCUAAUAGACAACACUGUUUACAUCGAAAAAUGCCAUCCCUCCAAUAGCUUUAAGGCAGACUGCCACUACCAUUACUGGCUUCCACUAGAAAUAUAUUCAAUCAUUGAUUCUAUUUGAUGUAUGGAGUCAGCAUGGUAAGUAUGCUGAAAGCUGUGCGCAGUCAAUGCUUCUCUAAAAUAAGUUCCUGUUUCUUCAUGUGCAGAGCUUGAAUGAAAACAUACCACGCACAAGCCAAUUAUACCCAUCUCCCAUGCAAUGCAGUGAAAUGGGCACCUUAGGUGGUUUCCAAACCACUAGGCCACAUAAAAUACUUCACGUUUUACUAGGGAAACAAAGGAAGUUAAUGCCAUCUUAUAGGAGACCUUUUUGAUACAUGAACUUAACAAAGACAUGACAAAGAAUCAUCAAGACAUAGAAGAAAAUAAAGUCAAAUCUAUAAUAAUAGAAGAAAAAUGCACACGAAGGUCUUCACAUAUGAGAGGAGACCAGAUUAUCUAAUUAGGAACAGUAAACAAGAACUAUAGUCUCAGUUUCACUAGGGCAGGUUAAAAUCUCCAUGAACUCUUAAUAUUAACCAAGAAAAGUGCUGUAAAAAAAUGUAAUUAUUCUUUAUUGCUUACAAAACAAUGAUUGGGUCACAGUGUGAUACCGUGUUUUCCCGAAAAUAAGACCUACCCCUAAAAUAAGCCCUAGCUGGAUUAUCGGGGUGGGCUGCAAUAUAAGUCCUACCCCAAAAAUAAGACCUAGGCAGAGAGCGUUCAGACGGCUGCCGCACUGCCUCACCUCCCCUUCCCUGUAGCGUGGCCGAGCUCCUCUCCGGUCCGCGACCCGGCUGGACUGACAGGAGUGCACUCAGUGCACUUCCAGGUCGCGGACCGGAAAGGAGCUCGGCCACGCUACAGGGAAGAGCAAGUGAGGAGAAGAUUGGAGGGAGGGAGGGGGGGGAGUAUUGGAGGGAGGGGAGUAUUGGAGGGUGAGUAUUACAGGGAGAGAGGGAGGGGGGAGAAUAUUACAGGAGGGAGGGAGAGAGUACUGUCUUAUAGGGAGGGAGGGAGGAGAGUAUUACAGGGAGGGAGGGAGAAUAUUACAGGGAGGAGGGAGAGUAUUAUAGGGAGGGAGGGAGGAGAGUAUUACAGGGAGGGGGGAGGAGAGUAUUACAGGGAGGGGGAGGUGAGGGUCUCUGGGGGGUUACACAACGCGGACACCGGCUGACAGACUGGCUCUAAGCCCUACUCUGAAAAUAAGCCCUAGUGUGUUUUUUGUGACUAAAAUUAAUAUAAGACCCGGUCUUAUUUUCGGAGAAACACGGUAUUAAAAGAAAAAGUAUAACAUAUUUAGGGCUACACAUCUCUUAUUCAUAGACAAAGUACUAUAAUAUUGUAAAUAUAAAAAACUGGGAAAUGUAUAGAGCCUCCCAUCUGCUGAGUUGUUUUAGUUUAAUGAGGGAGAGCUAUAAUAAGGUAGACACAUCUAUUUUAUUUAAGAGCUGCAUGUAAACAUAGCCAACACAGUGCAAUAAUCUAGAAUAUACUUCAAAGCUGUGGCCAUUUUGCCCAUUUAACUAAUUUCUUAAAGGUAUCAGACAGAGGUGUAACUAGAAACCAUUGGGCCCAGGUGCGAAAAUUGCCCUGGGGCUCCAGCCCCAUGUGUUCCCUCACCCCCCUCCAUGUGUUUCAUUCCCUCCCCCCACCCUUAUAUGUAUCUCAUUCCCUCCCCCAGCUCAUCCAUAUGUCUCAUUCCCCACAGCACUCCUUGUGUCUCAUUCCCCCUCUCCCCAAGCCAGUGGCGGAACUACCGCGGUCGCAGGGGUCGCAGCUGCGAUUGGGCCCGACACUCUAGGGCAUUGUUGUGUGGCCCCAGCCAUGUUCCUGGGGCCACUCGAUGGCAAUGAAUUUCCUAAUGAUGAUAUCAGAGCUUGGGGGAAUCCGUCACUUCCUCCAAGUUUACAGAGCCGCGGGGGAGGAGAGGAGGGAAUCCAGCCCCUACAUUUAGAUGAUUCCCUCUAUGCCAGCCCCUCUGUUUGUCUCAUUCCUCCCAGCCCCUCCAUGUGUUUAAUUCUUCUUCCCACAACCCCUCAAUUUUUCUAAUAUCCUCUCCGUCCCCAGCCCUCCAUUUGUCUUAUUCCCUCCCCCUCCAGCCCUUCCAUUUGGAUGAUUCCUUCUCCCACCCAGCCCCUCUAUUUGUCUCAUUCCCUCUCCCUCCCAGCCCCUCCAUAUGUCUCAUCUUUGCCCCUCCAUUUGCCUCAUUCCCUCUCUCACCCUCUCACCCGUCCAGCCCUCAUUCCCUCUCUCACCCCCAUCCUGCCCUCAUUCCCUCUUUUCCCCACACCCCUCCUGUCCCUCCUGACUCUGUGUAGCGUGGCUGGGCGGUACCUGAUCUGACAGUAAAUGCUCUCUUAGUGAGCACUUCCUGUCAGGCCACGUUGCUCGGCCACGCUACUCACAGAGACCGGCAGGAGGAGAGCAGCACAGCACUCCCCCACGGGCCCUCUGCCAGUGCGGCCGUGCUCCGGUCCUGCAGUAAUGCCGUGGGACUGGGUCCAAUAGAGUAACGGCCCAUAUACAGCUGCGACCCCUGUGGCCAUGGUAGGUACGCCACUGGUAUCAGAAUAAAGAUGUUGUCAAAACAUAAAGAUAAUACCUGGAUUGAACCAUUGGACCACAAUAUAGUCAUAGUCAAGACGCAGAACAUUUACAUUCCAUUUAGAGUAACUGCCCUUACACUAUUGCAACAAAAGAGAAAGGAACUUAUUUUUGUAUCUCUACUCACUUCAACCAUAAUUAACAUGUGGGCAUCCACAGUCACAUAGAAAUCAAAGUAAUCUGAUCUGUAAAGUAUGUUAUUGGAGAAUGGUUCUGAGAGAUCUCUGAAUAGGAGUAGAAUUAUCUAGCCAAGCUUUGCAAAUGUAUCCAAGAUUGCAGGAUGAGGUGGUGAAGCAUAAAGGGACACUCUGAGCAUUAAUACAAAAAAAUAGGCUGCUUUUUUUACAUUAUUACUAUGAUUUAUAUUUUGUAUUUUAUCAUGUCCUCUUAACUAUUCUAAUUUGUUUUUCAUUUGUCUAUUAUCUGCAGGUCCAUUUCGCCUAUAUGAUGACUUAUUUGAUUACUGUAAGUUUUUUACAAUGGAUAGUGUAAACUUGUAAUUCAAUUUUUCACUUGGCAAUGUGCAUAACAACCAGAAUCAACUAAUGAUGUUGUAAUUGCAUACAUUUUCGUAACGUGUGGAUGCACAUAUUUUUUUAUAUCAUUUAUUUAUAAUGUGUGCUAUAAGUUCGAGUAUAUAACAGUUCCUUCAUUAUAAAGAAUGGUUUGUAUUAGAAUGCUGUAUAUUUAAAAUAGGACUUGACAUGGGGCAGUAAAAAAGGAGAAAAAAGCUGUUUGUGGCAAAAUAUAGUGAACAAUUACAGCUGCUCCCUCGAUAUCAAUUAUCCAAAAUAAAAGUAUAUAAUCAGGGAACAUAAUUUGUGGAGAGUGAACAGAGUUUGGAAAACAAUAAGUGGAUUGGUAAGACAUAUAGAACCCCUUUCUUUACUGUGUUCCCCUGAAAGCUACACUAUAAAAUGUUUAAAUGCCAAGGGCACAAAUGUUUUAACCACGCUACCCUUUUUAUUCUGUUCUCCAAAUAAUGCAUUCUAUGGGAUGUAAAAGGUUAACACCUUAAGGACCAAACUUCUGGAAUAAAAGGGAAUCAUGACAUGUCACACGUCAUGUGUCCUUAAGGGGUUAAUAAAACAUGCAUCUUAUCCUACAUUUAAUAAGAAUGACAUUAGUUUAUUGAUGAUUUUGUUUAAUAUUGUACCUGUUUUUUUUUUGCUUUUAGAUAAUGAAGAUACAGAAAGUAUAGACAUUAAAGAAGAUGAAGGUACAUUUGAGCUAUAAAUAAAAUCUAAUAUUUAUGUCAAAGAUGAGUCAGGGGGACAUACUGAAAUCUAACUCUCUAAAUCUAAUUUUGUGUUGCCAAUACCUUAGUAGUAACUUGGAUUAUAGAUUUGCAAGUGAAAGCUUUUUUUUUUAUUUUUUAUAAUGCGAUGGUAUGGCAAAGCCUUUUCCAAAAACUAAAGCUAACUAAGCCUUGCAUUAAUCAUUAAUCAUUAACUCUAAUCCUAAACACUGACACUAACAUUAGCUCACCCUAAACACUGACACUAACUUAACUGUAAUAUUAAUUUACUCUAAUCUUCAACUGUUAACUAACUAACCCUAAACCCUCAACACUGACACUAACCCUAAUCACUAACAGUAAACACCCUAAGUCUAUUCAUAAACAUUAACUCUAAAUCAUCCUAACCUUAAACACUGACAUUUCCUAAUCCUAAACAGAGCAAUAACUAACAUUAACCCUAUCUCUUAACACUUGACUUGGAGAUUCAUUUCAUUCCAAGCUGCACACCCGUAGGUAUUUGAAUAUGAAUUAAAGCGUAAUGUAGAUUGAAUCAAUUACUUAAAUUCUCUAAAAUCCUCUUAUGUGUCUUUUUCCCUGGACCCGGGACAUCCUUGCACCAUAACAACUUGAUAAUGACAUUGUUAUGGUGCCCACCGUGUAUGAAGGGUUGUUGGGGCCCUUUCUUCUUCUUAAAAGUCCUCUUUUCCUGUCCUUAUUUUGCCAAGUCCUUCUUUUGAAUUUAAAAGUUACUUUUCAGAACACUGUGAUAAAGAAUCCCCAGAGUUUCUUUCUUCCACUUUGUUUUCGUAAAACUGCACUGGGUGAUGGAUGAUCAUAUUUUUAUAGUUUACGGUGGCUACUCUUGCAGUAUUCCUACAUGUAGUAGUUUAUCACAUUACAUUAACAAUUAAUAAACUUUAUUGUACUCUUUUCUUUUCCACUUAUUUUCAUUGUGAAAUUAACAAUUGUCAUUGUGAUUUUUUCUUAAAUACCUUUUUUUUUAUUAAAAUGAUAUUUUUUGUGACUUAGUGUUUAUGGCUUUUGGCUAAUUAGAAAACUCUCUUUAUUUCAGGAAUCAAUCUUGCUUUUAGGGGUAUUAGUUCACAAUCCAGCACAUAUGAUUUGUUUGGGGCAGCCGAAAAUGCUAUAGAUGGCUCCCAAAGCACUAGAUACAUGUCAAGUCACUGUUCGCACACAGAUCUGGAUAUAGAACCCUGGUGGAGACUGGACCUCACAAAGAUCUACUAUGUGAAUCGAUUGAACAUAACAAACAGAGGUGACUGUUGCAAUGAAAGGAUUAAUGGGGCAGAAAUUAGAAUUGGGACAUCCCCAGAACGAGGAGGAACAAAAAAUCCAAAGUAAGAAUUCACAAUUCAAAAUAAUCUU